AUGACAGAUACCUCCUCCCUCGCCAUCACGCACGCCACAACGGAUUCCUAUCCGGUUCACGCCCAUCGCGGCUCCCCUGCCGCUGUCGACGGCGCCUCUGACUCCGGCGCACCCGACGAAGAACCUUACACCAUCAAAUGCAUUUGCUCGUUCGAUGAGGAUGAUGGUAACACGGUUUUCUGCGAAGGGUGCGAGACAUGGCAGCACAUCCUCUGCUACUACCCGGAUAAGAAAGUACCAGAUGUGCACAACUGUGUCGACUGCGAGCCACGGCCCCUUGACAACCGCCGUGCCAACGAACGCCAACGGCUGCGGCGGAUCCGAGAGAAAAGUGAGGACGGUGACCGGAAACCAAGACGAUCUGGCCCCAAAACACAAAAGAGGAAGUCCAAUGAUGCCGAUGUGAACGCGUUUGGUCAUGCACGACAUGAUUCGGGUUCCCGUGAGCAGCCACCGUCCAAGAAAGCAAGGGUGUCUCGUCGCCAAUCGACUUCAAUAAGUGGUACUUCGGGUCCCCCGGGUCUGCCGGCUGAAUCGCGAAAUCGUCGGUCCUCCACCUCUAUUGCGAUGAGCCCAACAGUUGUCCCUGGCCCUCCUAUACCUCAUUAUUCAGACGAAUUUCUCUCCCUUUAUGACCGUGAUGAUUUAUUUGUUGAAUCGAAGACUAUCCUCAACUAUGGCGUGGAAUUUGUCAAUGAGAUUGUUGCAUGGCUGAAGGACCCACAGAUCUUGGCGAAGGUUACCGAUGGAUUCAGUGUUGAAGACUUCGCCAAACGGUCGGAAGAGGCUAUGGAUCAGUCUCGCUGGCCCUCCUUGACAACGGAAACCAUCACAGACUCGACAGUUGAGAUCGGUGGUAAGCACCCAACCCACAAGAUCUUGAAAACAAAGGAUCCAGUUCAAAUGGGCGAUAUUGUCGGUGAAAUCUUUGGCAAAUUAGGCCACGUCAAAGACUACAAAAAGCUCGACAGCAGCCGAUGGGAGGAAUUGAGGCACGCUAUGCCUUUCGUGUUCUUCAACCGGCAGCUGGACUUGUACAUCGACAGUCGUCAGGAAGGAAACGAGCUCCGCCAUGUCAGGCGGUCAUGCGAUCCAAACGUUUUGUUAAAAAUAUACAUCACCAAUGGCCGACAGUACCACUUUUGUUUCGUUGCUAAACGAGACAUCCCUCCAGGCUCGGAAAUCACUACCAUGUGGUAUUUCGACGAAUCUUUCUUUCCUUCCGAAUCGACAGUCAAGGAGGAGUUCAAAGACAGGGUGGUAGAUCCGAAGGACGCCGCUAUCUGCAUUAGCGCCACACUGGCCAACUUCGGCGGUUGUGCUUGUGGAAACCCUCAAGAUUGCCUACUGAACAAGCUUGAUCGUCGCGCCAAGCCCCCUGGAACCAAACGCGUCAAGGCGAAGCUGAAGGGCAAGGGCAAGAAGUCAAAAUCCCUCGGUCCUUCUGCUGAUAGCGGUCGCGCUGGCAGUGAGACGAUUAAACAUCCAGAUGAGCAUGACCCUACAGGCGAUGCUCGAUCAACUUCUGGUUCUGCGCGUGGUAGACAUACUGGCAGUCGCGACAUAAGUCCCACGGGUUCACAUCAGCUAACACUGCCAGAGCUAUCCAGUCGCGAAAGACGCAAGAUAGCGGAUGCCGAAAAGCAGUUCCAACAGCUAGAGCAGCUUAGAACCGCCAAUCCCAAAAGGAAAAAGCGUUCUAGUGGCCCUCAGACUCAAUCCAACCCUGCAAAAAUCUCGCGCACAACCCAAACCGGUGACAAGUUCAAACCUUACCACGAGCCUGGUAUUCCUCGAUCCUCUGAAAUCGCAGGACAACCGUCCCGGCGUCAAGUUACUUAUGUCGACGCGCAGACUGAACUUUAUGCCGACGACGUCGAACGCUCGUUCUUGCGCACGGAACGUCUCAGACGAGGAUACAGACUCGACAUGAUUCAUCCAACACUUAUGCUUAAGAUUCGGUGGUGCUCAGGAAAUCACAUCGGAGAGGACUGGGCUCAGCGAAAUGCAUGGGAGGCUGGGGACUUCAGUGUCGUGCCAUCUGGAGUCCUCCCCUGGUGGUACGGGUGGUUCCCGCUCCCAAUCGACGACAGGUCUCAUAUCGAGUUGCUCAAAGAAGAUUCCGACAGGAUGGGAAUACCUGCUGACCACGGCCCCCUCGCGAUGCCACCUCGGUGGUCCUUCCACCAGUCCAAGUACCCCCAGCCUGAAUUCAACUAUCAUGGCAUUGCGAUCAGAGGAAUCCAUUAUGACCCUCCAGCGCGAUCUGUCCAAGAUGAUUUUGAUAUUCGGGGUGCCGUUUCGUAUAAACCGGAAUCUUCCGCGUAUGGGACUAGCAGUGAUCCAAUCAAGCCGUCAAUUCCACCUUAUUGGCCAUCCACUGCAGCGCAUAGCUUUAGGAUUUCUGAGGUUAGCAGUCGUGACAAUCUGCAUGUUUUCAUGCCACCACCAAGAGCCUCGAAUGUCUCGUCAGCACUUAGUCCUGGUUCCAUGUCCACAGGGAGUCUUGCAUCACCUAGUUCUCAUGACACAGCUUCCCCAGUCUCUGCUGUCCCAUCUUCUGGCCCUGCACUCGCAGCCACCCCUGCCAAAAAAAAACUCAGUCUAGGAGAUUAUCUGAUUCGACGGGGCACAAUGGCCACCACCCCGACUUCGGAACCCGCUCCUGCCCCAGCUCCUGUCCCCCCUGCUGGCGAUCCUCGUUUACGCACCCAACCUUUUUUGGCUAUCACGACGGUGUUUGGUGAUAAUCAUGAACCUCACCGCAAAACCGAACCUAGGGGUGACAAGACCGAACCCUCCGACUCUCUGGAUAUCUCUAUGGAGGAUGCACCAGAGACAACACCCACCAAAAACCCGUCUAUCUCUUCGUAA